AUGGCCCCUAUCACCAAGACUCUCGCCCUCGCUGGCGCUUUCUUCGCCAUGACCGGCUAUGCCGCUCCAGUCGCCAAGCGCGCUGUCGUCUGGGAGACUGUCACUGACAUCGUCUGGACUACCGUCGAUGUCACCACCACUCUCUACCCCAACCAGGUUCCUACCGCCACCGUUGUCCCCGUGGCCGCCCCUGCUGUCCCUACUACCACUGCUGCUGCCGUUGCUGCCAUCGUCACUCCCUCCGAGACUCCCGAGGAGGAAGAGGAGGAGGCUGCGCCUACCACCAGCACUAGCACCACCGAGGCCGCUCCCGCUCCCACCGUUGAGGCGGAGACUUCUUCCGCAGCUCCCGCUCCUGUUCCAACCACCACCGAAGCUACCGUCGCUCCGGCCCCUGCCCCCACCACCUCAACCAGUACCGCUGCCGUCGCUGCCAACACCCGCUCUGCCAGCACUGAGUCCACUGCCAGCAGCGGUUACUCCGGCGCCUGCUCUGAGGGCAGCCCUUGCGAUGGCAUGAUCACCUACUACGAUACUGCUACUACUAGCACCAACCCCAGCUCCUGCGGCACCACCAACGACGGCGCCACCGAGAAUGUCCUUGCCCUGCCCCACGGUAUCAUGAAGGACGGCGACUGCGGCAAGACUGUCACGAUUACCUACAACGGCCAGACCGCCACCGGUACCGUCGUCGACAAGUGCAUGGGCUGCGACGACAGCUCCAUCGAUCUGUCCCGCCACCUGUUCGGACAGCUCGCCUCCAUGGACGCUGGUCGUGUCUCCGGUGCCAAGUGGUACAUCAACUAA